AUGGAAGCGCCAGUGGAUGAGUUCCAUUUGUCUCCGGAUGGUCCGGAUGGAGACGAGGAAGAUCCUGAUGAGCUUGAUUCCAAGGAGAGUCAAAAUACCGUAGAAAGCAAAGCUGAGAGGAAAGCCAGAAAGAAGAAUGAGCAAAAGAUGAGGAAAAAGCAAGCGAAGAGCGAGCAAGAAUCCGUGAGUCAAGAUGGCAAUGGCAAGAAGAGGGGAAAGAAGGCGAAGGGAAAAGAAGAAGCUUCCAAGAAGAAGGCAGCCCAGGGCAAGCGCAGGGCCAAGAAGGCAGGCCCAGGCCCAGCUGACCCCAAGCCCAAAGUCGUUGUCAGAGGAGCUGCUGAUGAGCAUGAAGGGUGGCGAAAGUGCAACCUGUGCAAGAAGUGGUUGGAGGUAGCAAACUUCCAUGAUGAUCAGUGCAGAUGCAAGGAAUGCUACAAUGGCGCCCGUGCUUUCCAACGCCUGUCGAAACGACAGGAGUGUGAGGAGAGAGUGAAGAAAGUCAGUGCCUGCGAGCCACGAGUGAUGGAUGAAACUUUGAGAACGUUCGUCAAAGAACGCAACCGCCUGAAGACUGUUGGCGAAAGGAUCGUUUUCAACAUAGUCGAAUUCAUGGUGCGCGUCCGCAAGUCGGAAGGAACAGCGUGUGAACGAAUCUAUGAGAUGAUGUGGCAGCGGGAAUACCUGGAGUGGGCAUGUGGCACGGCUACUGGACUGCAAAGUUGGAGUGAUGUUGCAGUAAGCAGUUGGUCAAGAGAAAACCCAGCAUGGCCCAGCACAGCACAUGCCUGA